AUGACCCCACCACGAAGCCAGAGCAACAACACUUGGCAGUCCGCUGCUUUGAACACCUCGCCGCAGCUGGCAAACGCCAUGGAGGCUGCGUUUGCGGCAGGGGCAGAAGUUGGCCGCGUUAGUCGUCGCAUAUUUCAACGGAUUUGGGACCCAGAGCCGGUCAACGACCGCGGCUCGAACGAGCCAGCCUGGUGCCUCGGCUGCUCAUACACCCUUGGAACCAAAGCAGAGCCAUCAGGGUUGACUGCUAGUACCCCCCCGGGCGACGGUACCAUCAAGAUCGCCAACGCGGCAAAUGACGCGACCACUCCGACGCCCACCUCCGGAGCGAGCAGUUCCCGACCCCACACCCCGCCCGAUUCCCUCUCGAGCAGCUUCGACUCGUCCCUAGCCUACGAAGACCCGGGACAUGACAGCGGUUGGCCACCCAGUUUUCUAGAUGACUUCGAAUCUCGGAUAUGGAUGACCUACCGAACUGGAUUCGAAGAGAUCCCAAGGUCCACGGACCCUAAGGCAAAUGCAGCCUUGUCGUUUACGAUGCGGCUCAAGACCUCUUUAGGGGAACACACGGGCUUUUCGUCAGAUACGGGCUGGGGCUGUAUGAUUAGAUCGGGCCAGAGCCUGCUGGCGAAUGCCUUAUUAAUAUCUCGGCUGGGACGUAGUUGGCGAAGAGCCAUAGACCCUGAGGCUGAGCGUGAGAUAUUAGCGCUGUUUUCCGACGACAUCCGCGCCCCGUAUUCCCUCCAGAAUUUUGUCAAACAUGGAGCGGUCGCGUGUGGAAAAUACCCGGGAGAGUGGUUUGGGCCGUCCGCGACGGCACGGUGUAUACAGGCUUUGGUUAACCAACAUGAGACCUCACUGCGGAUUUAUUCGACUGGCGAUCUUCCCGACGUUUACGAGGACAGCUUCAUGGCCACUGCCAAGCCCAACGGGGAGCAGUUUCACCCGACCUUAAUUCUCGUAUGUACAAGGUUGGGUAUUGACAAGAUCAACCAAGUAUACGAGGAAGCCCUCAUCUCCACACUGCAAAUGGAACAGUCAAUUGGAAUCGCUGGUGGUCGGCCGUCGUCAUCGCACUAUUUCGUCGGCGUCCAGGGGCAAUGGCUGUUCUAUCUUGAUCCUCACCACCCCCGACCAGCAUUGCCAUAUCGUGACAACCCAAAGGACUUUACCUCAGAAGAGCUAGACUCUUGCCAUACCCGUCGGUUGCGCCACCUCCAUGUCGAGGACAUGGACCCUAGCAUGUUGAUCGGAUUCUUGAUCAAGGACGAGGAUGACUGGGACACGUGGAAGAGCGGAGUAAAGCAUGUGCAGGGCAAGUCCAUCAUCACCGUCUCACCACAUGACCCAUCGAGGGGUAUGGGUUCCGGUCGGGCUGAAGCUAUUGACGAAGUUCAGACGCUGAGUGAUGAGGAGGAUGAAGAUACGAUUCUUGAAGUUUAA